UCUGCACUCCGUUUCUCAGUGCAUCUUCUGCUUUCACACACAAAUCAUUCUCUCUUCGUUGCCAUGGACCCUUUCUUUGUUACCAUUCUUUUCAUUUUUUCUUUCUUCAGCCUUGUGAUCAGAUUUCUUUUCCUCUAAUCUUCAACCCAUAUCUCCCCUAAUUCUUUUCCAUUUUCGCUUCCAAAUUCUCCUUCCCAAGCGGUGCAAAUUCUUUCCAUUAUCAUUGUCCAAAGAUUUUCCAAACCUCUGCACUGAUGAAUAUCUCGAAAAUGUGGAAACACCUGAACCUGAGCGCCAGUUUCUACGAUUUCUCGGAUUACCAGCUUGAGGAGUUGGGCCUCAACCCAACCCCAUUCCAGUACCUCCCCGAUCGCACCCAGCAUCCGAUUUACAGCUCGGACGAAUUCCGAAUGUACGGGUUUAAAAUAAAAAAGUGCUCAAAGACCCGCAGCCAUGACUGGACGGAGUGCCCAUUCGCGCAUCGAGGCGAAAAGGCGAAGCGUCGGGAUCCGCGCAAAGUGAACUAUGCGGCCAUUUCAUGCCCCGACUUCCGAAACGGCGCCGAGUGCCCUAGGGGUGAGGCCUGCGAGUUCGCGCACGGCGUUUUCGAGUACUGGCUGCAUCCGGCCAAGUACCGCACACGUGCAUGCAAUGCCGGGACAUUUUGUCAACGUAAGGUGUGCUUCUUCGCACACACGCCGGAGCAGCUCCGUGCGGAGACCAAGUACAAGUGCCAUUUCACGUACCGGGUGCGGAGGUCCAACGGCGGAGAGGACAAGCGAAGUGGAUCGGACGCUGACGAAAGAUCGGUUUUUGUUGACUCAGAGGCAGCAGCCAAGAGUGAGAGCCCUGUGGAUGGGUACGCUGAAUUUUUGAGGGCUCUGAGGGCGCUAAAGAUCCCGCACGACGAUGACAAGAGUUUCGGAUACGACACUGUUUCGGACCCGGAUUGGAAGUUCGAUUGGAUUUCGGACUUGGUGGAGUAAAUGCGAGGAGGAAGAAAGUGGUGUAAAUUUGGUUUAAUUAGUGGAUGGCGUUUUUUCUCUUCAUGUAGAAGAUUGGUUAAUGCAAGUGUUUAUUUUGUUGUUGUAAAUUUGUAUUUCAUCUAUGAAUUUAUAUUUCAAGUGUUUAUGGUUAAUUAAA